AUUGAACUUUAGGUGAAGGUAUAACUCGUCUUUGUGGAACAAUGAAAAGGGAUUUUUUUUAGUUUACUGGUCAUUGCAUGAUUGCAGAAGGGUUUAAGACAUGGACUUCGGAAUUUUCACACAAGGUACCAGAUUCCGUUCCUGCGAUUAGGCAUUACCUUUUACCGAAGACUAUACGGGCCUGGGGACUUUUUUGUUGAUCAAAAAUGGAAAACAUUGUGGACUCGUGUCCACAUAAUAUGACAGAGAUACUGGAAUCCUCCCUCAGAUUGGGUUGUGGCCAAGAUCAGUAUGGGAAUGAUCAGUACAUCUGUGUCCCUAACAAAAACAAAACAGGACUCGUAGAACUGUGUUAUAAUGGCAUCAUGGGGAUAAUAGAACAAGGAUACUGUUUGGAAACCGACGGACAAGAACUUGUUCAAUUUGACUGCAGUAGAUUUUCAUCAGGCUGUCCGAGGGGAUAUUAUCGAAGCAAUAAGAUAUACCAAUAUCCUGCUUGUCAAGGCAUCAAUACUGAACAAAAUUGUUAUUUAGCUGAAACCUCAUGUCCAAAUAACUCAUGGAGCACUGGUACCAGCAAGACAACAUUUGAUUUCCAAACAACAACACCUGAUCCUCAAUACGACCCAUCAUAUGCAGCAGAGAUUGCAGGUGGUCUGUCUGCUGGAGUGUUUUUAUUUGUUGUUAUUCUUACAACAGCUGUUGUCCUUUUGAGGAGAAGAAAGAAUCGGAAAAUUGAAAAACAAAAACGCAAACCAGGAAUGCUCUUCACACGUACAAAUAUUGAAUAUGAUGAAGAUAAUUGGAAAGUUGAAAAUGAGACAUUGUUGCCAGAAUGGACGUCUUUAGAGAUACUUAAUACAACUGAGCAGAUUGAUCGCAAUGCUCAAGAACAGAUCACAAACAAGACAGAUGAGCAAAGUGACAAAAAUGCACAAGAUCAAUUUGACAACAGAACUCAAAAGCAAAUUAACAAUAGUGCACAGGAGGAAUUUGACAACGAUACGCAAGAUAAAGGAGGGAAAGACAGGAAAAUGGACUCUAUUUCCCACACUAUGCCGCAGCUGCCAGUUACUAAUCCUGAGGAUGAAAGAACCACAGAAAUUGCUUUUCCAAAACUCCUAAAAUCACAUGCUUUUGCAGAUUCACCCUUUGUGGGAAGACACAACGCUUGGAAGACAAAGAUAUCAGAUGAGUUCACCACACUGACUGAUGACGAGGUGUCCGUGUUAUUCUGUUUUCUGUGUUCUGACUCCGGUCCUCCUGACUUGACUGACACAGAGUGGCUGGACAUGCUUAAUGAGAUACGGCAGGACGUGUACGAUAAAGAUAUUCCUGUAACACGUGAGGAAGCACAGCAGAUUCUGGACAGACUGAAGUCACGUGAUUACCUCUGGGAAGAUCAGGAGAAGAUCACGGAGGACACAAAGGAUGAGACAAUGUAUAGGAUAGCAUUAAGACGCCCUGAUAAACCUUUCUAUUACAGUAGUUAUGACACAGCCAAUGUGUACCUGAGAUCAGGGGGAUACAAGAGAAAACCUAGAGAGAAGUGUGUCGUUAGUCCUGGCCCAAGCUGUGAUCACUUACUGGUACUCCGUCUACAGAUGAACAUACUGACUCACGUCACCAUGGAGGACACGGGAAUAUAUGAUACGAUACACCGGAUAUUAAAUAUCCCAGAAAAUAAAAUCAAGAGCAGUAAAGAUGAACGAAAAGAAUUUCUAACGGAACUAAGAAGAGAAGGGGAGGCUGUACAUUACAGAGGAAGAUCACAGGACAGUGUAGAUCACGUGACGUGGCUCUGGAGAUACGGGAGACAUGCAAAACCUGACAUCGUGAGAUCCUGUAUAGGUCUACAUCCACACUGGGAUAUCUACAUCAUCGACAACAAAACCUAUAGAAAACCAAGUAAAAUCCUUGGCUAUCCAACGACAGUCAGAUGUCUACUGUAUUGUUUACUUAUAUCUGAUAAAUAUCGGACUAGUUUAAUUGAACAAUCACACCGAAUCACAAAGGACAAAAUCAGACAGAGGUAUUUCUCUGAUAUUACUGAUGACGGCUCGGUAGAUCCCCCUGAUGGAAUCACAGAAACACGUGACGGUGUGAUGACUUUUAUAUCAGACGACAUCCGACAUGACGUCAUGUACGCCUUUGUUACGGAGUGUCUGGUGGAGGACAGUGAUCUGGAGUUUUUCCUGACCACGGCGUCACGUGACGUGAUAUCAGAAUACUGCCGGUCCUGGGAUUAUAAGAGGAGUGAGGGAGAGAGAUGUCUUUAUUUACCGCGCUAUCCAAAGGAGAUGUACGACCUCUUCAUAGACAAACUACAGCUGGACAUCAUCACACACUGUACCGUGUCUGACAGGUGGAUUCGUGACAGGAUCAGUGAACGUUUGGGAGUCCCUAGAGAAGUACUAGAAUGGGACCAGGAGGCCAGAGAGCGGUAUGUGGAGUACGCUAAAAGAGGAACACAGACAGUCCACCACGCCCGGGGGAUGAUUGUAGGAUGUGCUGGGGCGGGGAAAACCACGCUACUUAAACGUCUGCUUGGUUGUAGUGUAGAAGAGAUUAAGGAAGUAAAAUCUACCGAGGGACUCGAGGUGCAUGAGGAAAUAUUUCACAUAUGUGAUCAAACAAAAUUAUUAAAAGGAAGAAAAAUAAACAAACAGGAUAAAAAUGAAGAAAGUUCUGCAACAGAUAUAGACGCUAAAACCUUGACAUUCUUUGACUUCGGGGGUCAGUGUGCGUACUACGCCUGUCACCAGAUUUACCUGACCAGGAGAGCUUUCUAUGUUGUGGUGGUGGACGCUUCUAAACGUCUUGACCAGAAGGUGGAUAAGAAAGUGUGUGAUCAAGAUGGAAGCGUCUUCUCUGGAUGGACAUAUGGAGACUAUUUUGUUUUCUGGAUAAAGUCUAUCCAUACUUACUGUGGUUCUGACAAUGACAAAGAUCCAAAGCCAACUAUCCUUAUUGUGGCGACUCACUGGGAAAAAGAAAACAGACAGUACCAGGAUAAAGAUGCUCUGUUGCACAGCUUGCAACAAAAACUUCCGAAAGAGUCCAAUUUCUCACAGUAUUUAGUGGAGAAAAACUGUUACUGUACCUUUUUCCCUGUCCAAACACUUCAUGAAAUACAGCAAUGUAUUUGUGGCAUAGCAUCUCAUCAGCGAUGGAAAGAAAACAUUCCUAAGGAAUGGGCCUUCUUUGAAAUAGAAAUAAAUCAGAAGAAAGAAUCAAAGAGGAUUUUAGACAUUGAGAAGUUAACAACAAAGCUUACUGGCAACAUUGACAAACAACAGGAGGGAAUGAAAUCAGAGAAGGAUAUGUUACGAUAUUACCAUGACGCAGGGAAGGUUCUGUAUUUCAAUGAGAAGGGACUUCAGCGAUAUGUCGUUAUUGAUGUUCAGUGGUUUAUUGACGCUUUCAAACACAUCAUCACGGACAAACUUCAUUUUCAAGGCAUUUCUGCUGUACAGGGUGAUUGGGACGAGUACUACAGGACAGGACAUUUAAGGGACCCACUUCUGACGGAGAUCUGGAAACAUGAAGAUAAUAAGUUGAAAGAAAAGAUGAUGGAAUCAGGUACUAGAGAAGCCGAUUCCCUCUAUGAAAUUAGGGAUUUUGGCUCCAAAUAUUCCGAUUCCGACUUUCAUCAUAAUCCUCUAUACCUACUCCAUCACAAAAAAGUGCUACUAGAUUACUUGCAAAGACUUGGUUUGAUGGCAGUUGGAGAGGAAUCUCAUUAUGUUCCGUGCAUGAAUCGAAAAGAAAUUGAAUCUGCUGUUAUUGAUUUAAUUAAAAGGUCGGAGAAGAGAUCAUCUAUACUUAUCUACAGAUUUGGCUUCUUACCAUUCUUUCUCUUUUUCCGCCUCGUUGUAUCUUGCAUGCAAAUAACAGGUUGGGAAGUACUAAUUACUGAUGAAACAUCAUGCCUGUACAGAAACGCAGCUUUAUUUUCUGUACAUGAAUACAAUGUUGUCCUAUCAGUAACAGAAACGUCUAUACAGUUACAAAUAUUUCACCCUGUGCCAGGAUGCUCGUUGGAAAAAGAUGAAACUUACAAAAUUCAGAAUACUAUAGAGGUUAUUUUAAAUGACAUUUCGGGAACCUUUCACAGACGUCUGAUGUACGAAAGAGGCUUUAGAUGUCAAGAAGACAGUGCUAGGAAUAUUGCAGUGGAUAUCAAUGGAAGAUUUGUGCGGGACAGAUACAUUUACGAAAAAGAUGGUGAAAUAAUAUGUCCGUUGCAUCCAAUUAUAAAUCAACAUUUUAUAAACGCCACUGAGCUGUCAAAAUUUUGGAACUUAAAAAAAACAUACAUCUGAAGAAAAUAUAUAACAAAGCGUGACAAUCCACCGUUUAGGUGGAUAGAAAUAGAUUCUACUUAUUCUGACUAGACGUUGAGGUUGCGGUCUGCUAAGAACAAUUAUCUUUUGAAAAAAAGUGUUAUCAGUUGAAGAGAUAUUGAUGAGUUGACAUAAAUUUCAUGAAUGGUUUGUGUCCAAGUAGACGCUUGCCAUUUCAACUCGCUUCUUUUAUUUUCAUGUAAUAGAAGUACAAGGGUUAUAAAAUGUUUUUUUUUUCAAUUAAGUUCUAUCACUUUUGCAUGUCCAUCAUUGUUUAUUCAUUUGCUAUUAAUAUAAUGUUUUCGAUAAUGUUAUUUUCUUAAAAUAUAGAUUGCUAAAAGAUACCUACGGUAAUCACCAAUAGACGAAUUAUAAGUAAUGAAACAUAGAUAUGCAAAAUGUUAAGAUACUUAUCAAAGACAAAACUUGCUUACUAGGGUGCAAUAUCAAAUUCAACUUAAGAAGAAAACUGACACAUAU